GUCAACUUUUUCAUACGUUCAGUUUUGUGAAACUCAAGUAGCCAACAAAGAGUUAACGUGCAUAACGUGACGGUGGCUUCAAAAGCACUCGUCGCUUUUGGGAGAGAAUUUUGACAGCAUAAAGCAGGGCAUGCAUUUCAGCGAGCGCAGAGCAGCGCUGUGUCGCUUCCUCAAACUCCACGUCGUCAGAUGGAUUUCUUUCAUUAUGCCAAUCAAGGAAGUGUUCAUUUUUCAGAUGUUGGCACAUCAGCGAUAUUUGCACUAAAUAGACUUUUCUCUGAUAUGGGUUGUAACUGACGUGUGAAUAUAAUAAAGGGGGAAACAGAUGAGCUGUUAAGGACAUGACGCCAUCAGUAGACCUCUCCAUCUGUCUUCUGACGCUUCUAAUUCCGCUGACCCUCAGUGGAAAGGUACUGGUAUUUCCACAAGAUGGAAGCCACUGGGUAAACAUGAAGGUGCUGAUCGAGGAGCUCCAUGCGCACGGCCACGGUGUGACGGUCGUCCGACCCGCAGACAGCUGGUACAUCCAGGAGCACUCCCCCUACUAUACCUCGCUCACCAUAGACAUCGCUGCCGGAGCAGAUGAGGCUUUCUUCAGCUCAUUCGUGUCCAGACAGCUGCAGAUUCAAAGGGAGGGAUCCUCCGUUUGGACUCGGCUCGCUUUGGACAUGGAGCUCAAGGAGAAGUUCUCGGAGGUUCACCACAAGGUCUGUGAGAUGGUGGCACAGAUGCUGGGGGACCCUGAGCUGGUGCAGGCUCUUCAGGACGCCAGGUACGACUUGGUUUUAACAGACCCUGCCAACGGCGGAGGAGUGGUACUGGCCCACUACCUCAAACUGCCACUCAUCUUUAACGUGCGGUGGACGGUGCACGGCGAGGGUCAUUUUGCCAUCGCUCCCUCGCCGCCUUCGUAUGUUCCAUUCCCCGUGGCCAAACUGACCGAUCAAAUGACUUUUGUUCAGAGAGUACGCAACUUUCUCAUGUAUGGCUUCAGGAUGUUUCUUUACCGCCGUACUGUUGGGCCGCCCUAUUCGGCCUUGGUUAACAGGUACUUUGGUCCAGACGUAGACUACUUUGAGCUAUUUCAGGCGGCAGACAUUUGGCUGAUGAGAGUCGACUUUGUGUUUGAGUUCCCACGCCCCACUAUGCCUAACGUUGUUUACAUGGGUGGGUUCCAGUGUAAGCCAGCAAAGCCCCUUCCUCAAGACCUGGAGGACUUUGUACAGAGCUCUGGAGAACAUGGGGUCAUCAUCAUGUCUUUGGGUACCUUGGUGGGGCAGCUUCCGAGGGAUAUUGCUGAUGAGAUAGCUGUUGCAUUUGCUCAGCUGCCACAGAAAGUAAUUUGGAGAUACCCUGGCGACAGACCAUCUGCUCUGGGAAACAACACCUUACUGGUGAAGUGGUUGCCUCAGAAUGACCUAUUAGGACAUCCCAAGGUCAAGGUCUUUGUGUCUCAUGGGGGCACCAAUGGUAUCCUAGAAGCCAUCUACCAUGGGGUGCCAAUAGUUGGCAUUCCCUUGAUAUUUGAUCAAGCAGACAAUCUUUCCAAAAUGCAAGCUAAAGGUGUGGCGACCGUAGUGGACAUUGCCUCUUUGGACAGAGGGGUGUUCCUCCAGGCUUUACAGGAAGUGCUCCAUGAGCCGUCCUACAGGGAGAACAUGCAGAGGCUCUCCAGGCUGCACAGAGACCAGCCAAUGAAGCCCCUGGACCGAGCCCUCUUCUGGAUUGAGUUUGUAAUGAGACACAAAGGUGCUGCUCACCUGCGCACAGAGUCCUACAAAAUGCCUUGGUACACCUACCACUCAGUGGACGUAAUACUGUUCUUGCUUGCUGUCAUGACUACUUUUGUGGCUACUUUUGUUUUUGGAAUGAAAUUUCUGUGCACCAGGAUUUGUUGCAGAUACAAGUCAAAACAAGACUAAUAUGAAUAGAUACUAAAUAUUAAUAUUAAUAUAAAUGUAAAUAUAAAUGACUAAUGUAGAUUUAUAAAUAAUAGGCCAGUAUAAUAUAAUAUAAUUAC